GUGAGGUUCUUCUGAGAGUUUUGGCCCGAAGGAUCCUUUGCACGAGGGAGGGAGCUUACGUUAAGCUCAAGUGCACCGGCCACAUCCGGGGAAAACGGACCUCUCUCUCUCUCUCUCUCUCCCUGUCUCUCACACGCGCGCGCGCGCACGCACCUCACUGACGACUGAGAGAGAGAGGUGACAUCGUGGUUUAACCCUUUUCUGAGCGGAAUAUUGAGUGUAGAUGGGAAAAAGGAAGGACGUCGAGCUCACCACGCUGGAAGCGCACGGAUUUUUUCCCCUCCAGGAUUUUAUUCCUUUUAUUUAUUUGCUUUGUUUUCCUUCUCAGUGUGUAAGCAGGCUGUUGACAGGAUAAAGCCAGACCUCUGAGACAUUUAGCCAGUGUGAGGAGGAGAUUUUAACGGCCAUACAUACUGGUGGAGACGCGGCGCUUUGUGUCAGGCUCAGAGGAAGAAUGCCUGGAUAAGCAGCGUGCGUAAAAACAGCGCGCGUGCAGCGUGAAAAGAGGGACAUUUCGGGGUGUCUUGACGGAUAAUAUUAUCCUUACAAAGCCAUGGCGAUGAUUCCCACCCUCACUGUCCUCAUCUUGCUUGUCUGCCGUGCGGGAUCGUCUCCCGUAGACUCUUCGCCCCCUCCCAAAGGGUGUGGCUCCGGUCUCCACCCAUCUUACCGGAUCCUGUGUGACCUGGAGUCUGUGUGGGGGGUCGUUUUAGAGGCCGUGGCAUGCGGCGGCGCCAUUUCAGCUCUCGUCCUUUUCGCCAUUCUCCUCUCGAAGCUGAAAAUGGUGAGCGAACCGGAGCGGCGUAGCGGUGUAGGACCUCUGCUGCUGCUGCUGCUGAGCACGGUGGGUCUGUUCUGCCUGUCUCUGGCGUUCAUGGUGGGACGAGGCGAGACAGUGUGUGUGUUGCGGCGUGGGCUGUGGAGCUCGCUCUUUGCUCUGUGUUUCUCGUGCCUGUUGGUGCAGGCGGUGCGGCUACGGAAGCUUGCGACGGGGAAACGCAGCCCGUCGGGUGGUUCGCUGUCAGCGCUGGCAUUCGGCAUCGCGCUCGUGCAGGGAGUCAUCAGCGGAGAGUGGCUGUUGCUCACCGUGGCACGCGAGGGCCGCAGCGCCUGCGAUUACCCACCGCUGGACUUUGCGCUAGUGUGUGGCUACGCAUUAGCGCUGCUGCUCACAUCCACAACGGUCUCACUCGGAGUCCUUCUGUGUGGCUCGAGGCACGUAGAUGAUGCAGCCAGGAAGAAGAGACGCCGAUGGAGCUGUAACGGCGUCUGGCUUUUCCUCUCCUGUCUGGUCUCCCUCCUUGUUUGGGCUGCAUGGCUCGGCUUUUACCUCUACGGGAACGCUGCUGGGAGGAGCACCGCAUCCGGUGAGACAGAUGGCGAGGAACCUGCUCUGGCCAUAGCAUUAGUGAUGGAGGGAUGGGCCCUGCUGCUCUUCCAUGCCAUCCCAGAAGCCCACCUGUGUCUGCGAUCCACCAAUCAGAGGGCAGACGAAGGGGGCCAGGAUUAUUACGACGCACGGCAACCGCAGUCUUCGCACGGUUACCGUGAUGACGACGAGCUGCCAUCCAAUCACAGAGCGGCAUACACAGAAAGACAGACGUUUUCCAUAGAGGAGCACAGUGCAGGCAUGCAGGCCGGAGGUUAUCACGCUACAGUAAUACGUCCCACGCCUCAGUUCCGAAGCCAUGUGUACCAGCCCACUGAGAUGGCUCUGCUCAUGAACGGAGGAACGAUUCCCACGGCUCCCCCGAACUACACGGGAAGGCAUCUGUGGUGAAUCCCCACAAUCAAUCCCCCGUCUGAGACACACUCUGUGUGAUGUCACAGGGUCAAAGGGCAAACGGUUUGGAGAGGGUAAACUAAUAGUUUUACAUAAGCUGUGCUUUCGUACGAUAUUGUAAUAAUGUAAUAAUCUCUGUAAUUUAACCGGAAACUGAGUGAUGUUUUCCACGGCAACCGCACACUCAUGUUGCACUGGACGGUGAUGAAUGAUGGCUGCUUUCACACCAGGUUUUUUGUUGUUUUGUUUUUUUGAUGCGACACACAUGACACAGUAACCAUAACAACGCUCACUAGCAGAAGCUAACUAGCCAGUAUUAUCAUCACUAAUAAUAAUAAAGAUUAGAUUUAUUUUUUUGUUCAUGUUUAGUCCUGCUGGUCUUCUGAGAUUUGGCUUCUUCAUGUUCUUAAAUGUUUGUUUUUUUUAAAUGAUGGUGGAGGAAAUCACAACUCACAGCUAACGUUUCAAAGCAAAGGAUUUCUUUCUGAGCUCUUUUUAGCAAUGCAGCUAAUGAUAAAAAAGAGCUCAAAAAUAAAUAAAUAAAUAAAUAUCUAAUGAGAGGUUUAAAUUUAAAAAAAAAUCUCCAAAAAAAAAUUCUAAUUAAAAAAAUAAAUAAACAUGUGAUUGAAAAUUUCAGAAAUUUACAAAGCAAUAAAAUAUCCAUGAACUCCAGAUGAUCCCAAGCGACUGAAAGUCGUCACAAGAUUUCCUUGUUUA